AAGUUUUGUGGGUUUUCUUUCUCCUCCAACCUUGGCGGAGGCCACUUCUCAAGUGCCACAGCCGGGGGUGGCCUCCUCGCUUGGAGGCCGCGAAGCAUGGUGCGGGGCAGCCACCGCUGAAGUCAGCGAAAUCGAGCCUGGCCUGAAGCAGGCGACGCUGGAGGCCAAGGCCAUGGCCAUUGCCACGUCGGCCCAGCUGGCCCGGGCACUGUACGACAACACUGCCGAGUCUCCCCAGGAGCUGUCCUUCCGCAGAGGGGACGUUCUACGGGUACUGCAGAGGGAGGGUGCUGGCGGACUGGAUGGCUGGUGCCUCUGCUCCCUGCAUGGCCAGCAGGGCAUUGUGCCUGCCAACAGAGUGAAGCUUCUUCCUGCUGGCCCAACGCCCAAGCCCAGCCUCUCCCUGGCACCCUCCGCCCAGCCUGGCUCACCACACCCAACCCUAGAGCACAGCAAUGAGGAACAGGAGGUGUAUGUGGUACCACCCCCAGCUCGACCCUGUCCUGCCUCAGGACCUCUGGCUGGACCCUGCCCACCCUCCCCUGACUCCAUCUACAAGGUCCCCAGAGGCAAUGGGACCCAACUGUCCACUCCCAGAGAUGCCUUGGAGGUCUAUGAUGUGCCCCCCACUGCCUUCCGAGCUCAAUCCAGUGACCCCUAUGACUCCCCAGCUUCCUUUUCUCAUCCACUGGCCCGGGUUGCCCAGCAGCACCCUGGGGAAGAUGAAGCUCCCUAUGAUGUACCUCUAGCCCCAAAGCCAUCCACAGAGCUGGAGCCGGAUCUGGAGUGGGAAGGGGGCCGGGAACCAGGGCCCCCACUCUACGCUGCCCCCUCCAACCUGAAACGGGCAUCAGCCCUCCUCAACCUGUAUGAAGCACCCGAAGAACUGCUGGCCAACGGGGAAAGUGGGGACACUGAUGAGGGCAUCUAUGAUGUGCCCCUGCUGGGUCCCGAGGCACCCCCUUCUCCAGAGCCCCCAGGAAACUCGGCCUCCAACGAGCUGGACACCCUGGCCCAGCUCCUGGCCAGAAGCCCUCCGCCACCACACAGGCCUCGGCUGCCCUCUGCUGAGAGUCUGUCCCGGCGCCCUCUGCCUGCCCUGCCUGUCCCUGAGGCUCCCAGCCCUUCUCCAGCUCCCUCUCCUGCUCCAGGCCGCAAAGGCAGUAUCCAGGACCGGCCUCUGCCUCCACCCCCACCCCGCCUGCCUGGCUUUGGGGGUCCCAAGAUCGAGGGGAAUCCAGAGGACAGGGAAGUGGAGGAUGAUCCAGCAGGACCCCACAAUGAGUAUGAAGGCAUCCCAAUGGCUGAGGAGUACGACUAUGUUCACUUGAAGGGCAUGGAUAAAGCUCAGGGAUCUAGGCCCCUGGAUAAAGCCUUUCCAGAGGAUCCUGAACUGCAGGAGAAGGGACUGCCUGAGCAGCAGGAGGCCCCAUCCCCAGGGGAACCACUGGUUCUGUCCACCGGAGACCUACAGCUCCUGCACUUCUAUGCAGGCCAGUGCCAGAGCCACUACUCAGCGCUGCAGGCGGCUGUGGCAGCCCUGAUGUCCAGCACCCAGGCCAAGCAGCCCCCAAGUCUCUUCGUGCCCCAUAGCAAGCGGGUUGUGGUGGCUGCUCACCGUCUAGUAUUCGUUGGGGACACCCUGGGUCGGCUGGCAGCCUCUGCCCCUCUGCGAACACAGGUCGGGGCUGCAGGUACAGCGCUGGGCCAAGCUUUGCAGGCCACUGUGCUGGCUGUUAAGGGGGCUGCCCUGGGCUAUCCCUCAGGCCCUGCAGCCCAGGAGAUGGCACGGUGUGUGGCAGAACUGGCAGGGCGAGCCCUGCAAUUCACCACCCUGCUCACCAGCCUGGCUGCCUGAGGGUCUGUUGGCACAGCCUUCCCCUCCCCUGCCUGGUCAGAGCCUCCACACACUCAGGUCUUGG